GGUGACACGCGACCUGACAAACACGCAGCUCCACCUGAUAAACACACAUAUAUAUAUAGGCUUCACUAGUGAUAGCUGUUACUUCCAACAUUUGCUCGCUGUACUACUAAUCUCGGUUUGUUUUCAUCCAAGUACAUAAGAUCGCCUGACACCGGUUUACAUUACAUUAAUAAUUUCUUGUUUGUGGACAGCAGUGAUCGCACGAUGGCAGCUUCUGCUAGAACUCUGUUGGAGCUUCUUUUACUCUUGAUUCUUACUAUAACAUUUACUAUUUCUAUAAAUCCAGUCAUUUUGGUUCCUGGAGAUGGAGGUAGCCAGAUUACAGCAAGAUUGAAUAAAAGUGCAUCUCCUAUUGUCUACUGUGAGAAGAAAACUAAUUAUUAUUAUACAUUAUGGCUGGAUCUUACUCAAAUAACUGUUGCUCAGGAUUGUUUUGUUGACAACAUGAGAUUAGUGUAUGAUAAUGUUACUCGAAAAACAUUAGAUUCCCCAGGUGUUUCCAUUGAUAUUCCUGGUUUUGGCAGUACUCCAACAGUAGAAUAUUUGGACCCUGCGAGAGAAAGAUUCACUACCUACUACUAUUAUGUUGUUAAAGAACUUGUCAAACUGGGAUUAACACGAAAUGUAUCUAUUAGAGGAGCACCAUAUGAUUUUAGACGUUCUCCAAAUGAAUUUCAAGACUAUUUUAAGAACUUUAAAUCAAUGGUUGAAGAAACUUACAAGAUGAACAAUGGAUCUAGAGUUACAAUCAUUGCACACAGCAUGGGUUGUCCAACUAUGCUAUAUUUUCUCAAUUCUCAGACACAGGCUUGGAAAGAUAAAUAUAUUAAAUCUUUUAUCACAAUUUCUGGAGUUUGGGGUGGUGCUGCAAAAACCCUUCGAGUCAUGGCGUCAGGAGAUAAUCUUGGUAUUUUUAUAUUGAAAGAUAAUAUUGUUCGGAAAUACCAACGUACUGCAACUUCAACAGCUUGGCUUAUGCCAUACGAUACUUUCUGGAAAUCUGAUGAAAUUCUUGUUUCCCGUCCAGGUCGCAAUUAUACUGUUAAAGAUUACAAACAGUUUUUUGCAGAUUUGAAUUUUACAAUUGGCUAUGAAAUGCGUAAAGACACAGAGAAUCUUGUGAAAGACCUCCGUCCACCUGGAGUGGAAGUUCAUUGUAUACAUGGAAUCAAUGUAUCUACACCAGCUAGCUUUGUUUAUGGUAAAGGAUUUCCUAAUGUUCAACCAACGACAAUAAAUGGAGAUGGAGAUGGGACAGUAAAUUUACAAAGUUUACAUGGUUGUCUUCGAUGGUCAAAACAACAAAAACAGCCUGUUUACCAUCAUACUUUAUCAGGAGCAGACCAUUUGAAAAUAUUGAAAAAUCAGACAUUAAUUGAUCUAAUUUCCCAAAUAGUAACCAAAAAAUCUAAAUUCUCUAAAAACAAAUUGAAAAACUAAAAAAUGAAAGCCUAAACAGACCUUAUUAAAGCAUCCCUCUCAAAAGCACAUUUUUUUCUUAUUGUGGCUGUCGAAGAUGCUUGCAAUUUAUUUUUGUUUGUAUUUUUAUGCUGUUUUUUUUUUAUGGUACAUUUAUCUGACUUGUAUAAUUGUUGAAAAUUAAUGAAUUUGUAUAUUGGCAUGUAGUGAACUGUUUCUACUAUUCCAUUUUAAAGAGAAAUUCAGUUUUUAGUGAGCUCCUUGUCACUUUGUUUUUCAAGCCAAUAUUCUCUUCUGUUACUUUUUUCUAAGUCAAAUUUUUGUUUUCAUGUUCUGAGCUGAAAAGUUUUCUAAAUUUAGAUAUUGAAUUUAAGUUUCAUUUCUUUUAGGUAUAUAUCUUGACUAUUUGCAGUUCUGUUGAAUCCUAAUGACUUGCUACUUUAUAAGCAAUUUUUAUGAACUUUUUCAUAAUACCAAAACAUAUUGGUGAACUACUCUUUCAGUCAAGAUUAUAUUGCUAUAUUUCUGUUAAAAUAUAAGAAAAUAAUUAAUUUUGCUUCUAUGCUUCAGGAGAUUAAAAAUUAUAAACUGGGUAAGUUAUUCUGGUAAUUUAAUUUUUUUUAUGGACAGUUGAACAUGAAAAUAAGACUUGAUUAUUGACUUUUUGCAGUUUUAUGUGCAUUUAAAUAACAUUGGUUUAUAAUCAUUUUGUAAAUGUGGUACUUAUCCAAACAAUCAUAUCAUUUAUUAAGUGUAAAAUGACCAUAUUUCAUUAAAAUGGAAGCCAUAGAGACUCUUAACUUUAACUUGAAGCUCCAGCUUGGAUGGUUUCACAAAGAAAUUAUGCUGAGCUGUUUGAUGAAAUACAAUGUAUUUCCUGUAAUUUUAUUAAAAGAUUUUUGGUUUGACUUGCCAAGUUUGCUCCCUACCGUCACAAAAAUAGUCUGGACUUUAUUCAUCAAGCUUUACUUCAUACCUGUGGACCUUAUUGGCUUUAAGAUGAUGUAUAAGUUUGUUAUAAAGGAACAUUUCUAAUGCAAUAGAUGUUUGCUUCAUUAUUUUCAAAUACAAAAAUUCUUGAUGUUAUGACAUAAAUUGUUAGCAAAUUCAUUUUACUUGAUGUAAUAUUUUUCUUUGAUUUUAUUGCAUUAAAGUAAUAGUUACUAUGUGAGAAAAUCAGUUAUGGUUGAUCUUUAGGUAUUUCAAAUAACUGAAGCUACCAUGAUUUACUGUUUUGCCUGAAUUAUUGACUGUAAUAAAAUCAUGUGUAUACAAUA